AUGUGGUGGAACGCAUCACUCACCCUGCACACAGCUCUCGGGAGGACCGUUGGAGACUGCCGGGGUCCCCCCAGUCCCCGCACUGUCAGGGGGCAUUCCCGGCAAGCAGCCGCGCCGUCCGACGGCGACUCUGCGCCAGCUGCCACGCUAUUUCCCGCCAAAGCGGCGGGGAAUAAAAAUAAAAGUGUCAACUGGCGGCGGCCGUCUCCGGGCCGCCGCGCCGUCUCAGGGUAA